CCAAUGAAUCGCUAGACGACGAAGUCCAUGGUAUGCUCAGAGACGUACUCUUGCCGUUCAUAACAGUUAAAUGCGGUGUUCGUCAUGCACAUGAACCAACAAAAUACCUUUUAGAAACAUUUCGAGCUGAUAGUGAAUUUCACAUGAUUGAGCUUCUGAGGCAAAACAAAGUCCACGUCGCUGCUCCUAUAUUCGAGUCCACAAACCGACGCUACAACGAAUUUUCCUUUUUCAAAAUCACUGAUUAUCCUGGGAGCGAGUUCAUCACUAGUGAAGAUGAAGCCUACAAGCUCAGUCUUGUCUUGGACGCAGUGCUGAAGUCUUGGUCAUUGUUUGCGGUGACUCUGAUACUCACGGCUAUUGCUGGAAUCAUUAUGUGGGCGCUGGACACCUACUGGAACAGUGAAGAGUUCCCACGUUCAUUCAUCAAAGGAUCUUGUGAUGGAUUCUGGUGGUCCUUUAUUUCCAUGACCACAGUGGGGUAUGGCGACAAAGCUCCAAAGUCGGUCGUGGCUCGAAUUUUCUCUAUCAUCUGGAUCCUGUUGGGUCUCAUUAUCAUGGCGAUCUUCAUGGCGAACAUCACCUCUGCACUUACAGCUGCUUCCUUGCAACUGGAACCAACUGAUCUUGUCGGUGUCAAGGUUGCAGUGCUGGCCAAUAGUACAGAAUACCAGCAUGCAAUUGAGGAAGAUGCUAAACCAACAGAGUAUUCCAGAAUUGACGACGUCAUUCAAGCUGUGAAAUCAAAGGAAGUAGAUGGAAUGUUACUGGACUGCUUCACAGCUUCCUAUUAUCAGUCAAGAGGCAAAUUAAAAUCACUUAUCACCGUUAAGAAGCUAGAACUUCAAAGGGACACUGGAGUUCUAUUUUCCCAAGAUGCAGAGGAACUGGCAGAGUGCUUAAAUUUUCACCGUUCAAACAUUUUGAAGUCAGUUCAAACUUUUACCGCUACAUAUAAGGUUGCAGUGCUGGCCAAUAGUACAGAAUACCAGCAUGCAAUUGAGGAAGAUGCUAAACCAACAGAGUAUUCCAGAAUUGACGACGUCAUUCAAGCUGUGAAAUCAAAGGAAGUAGAUGGAAUGUUACUGGACUGCUUCACAGCUUCCUAUUAUCAGUCAAGAGGCAAAUUAAAAUCACUUAUCACCGUUAAGAAGCUAGAACUUCAAAGGGACACUGGAGUUCUAUUUUCCCAAGAUGCAGAGGAACUGGCAGAGUGCUUAAAUUUUCACCGUUCAAACAUUUUGAAGUCAGUUCAAACUUUUACCGCUACAUAUAAGCUAACAGAGCAGAAGCCUCCAAGAAACGUCAACCUGUUUGACGAGUCAUCCCCCUUCAUUAAGGAAUUCAUGUACGUAUCAUUUGGCAUCUUAGCUGGAUUGUUCCUGAUUGGAACCCUUUGGGACAUCCUUAUUAGAAAGAAGGGAAGGAUUAAACAGWAUAUYGUAUCAGGUAAGGAUAAACCUUUUAAUGUUACAUUAAAAAGAAGACUCACAUCCUGUUAA